CGUCUCGAACGACGCAGCGUCGUAACGACUUCCUGUCGAACGAAAUCGUUGGAAGUUGAUGGGUCUCCUGGAGUUGGUGGCCUCAAACAUUGUUUCGCGAAUCGUUCGUCUGACCAGUGAUUUUAUUUUACUGUGGAUCUUCAAGUUCUUCAAAGGGAAACUUCAACAAGUGAAAAAUGGCGUUCCUGAGGAUCCUUGUUUUGCUGGUCGUCGGUGUUGCGGCUGCUGGGGCGGACUGCGGUCCCGAGGACGGCGUCUUCAAGUGUCGGGACGUUUGCGGAGAAGAGGUGCGGGACGCUGGCGGCUACGGACGUCGGGUGACGUUCGUCGGGUCGACGCUGUUUUUGGACUGCGUUCGUCAGGCGGAUCUCAAGGAAGUGAAGCUGGUAUCGCCGACGGUGUGCGUCGGGCGUCGAGUCGACAUGGAGCGUGUCGUGACGCCUUGGAGGUGGUGCGAAGAGGUCGUACCACCCGAGCCAGAAGUUUCGACGGCGGCAGUUGCACCGGUGGUUGAUGAGCCUCGCCUGGUGGCGCCGACGGCCAACUUGGCGGUCGUCCACGUACCGGCGAGCAAAACGCCGUUCGUGGUUCGGGCGCCGCCCUCGACGCAACAAAGCGUCGUAGUGGCCCAAGAGGUGCCACACGUCAUCAGGGCACCGUCGUCGACGCCGGAGGUGACGGUCAACAUCAAACAUGGCGUUGCGCACGUCGAGGCGGACGUGGACCCGUGGACGGCCAUGGUCCUGGUCUUUAUGGGCCUUGGAGGUGCGGGAGCUACAUCUUUGGCUGUGUUCUUGGUCUGGCUGGUCAAGUUCAUAAGGAACAAGUCAUCGUACAUGAGGGAGCUGGUGCGCAUGCUGACGCCGGAGGAUCAGCAGGAUCCGGAAGCCCAACCAGUGGAGGAUCUGCUGGGGCUGGAAGAAGCGGAUAAGACCGUCGAAGAAAAGAAGGAGGAACUAAUGGUCCUUGAGGACAAUAAUCCGUUUAAAGAGAUGUUGAACGCGUAAAUAUAAAAUCGCGUUAAAAGAAAGAGAGUGCCAUUUUUCGUACCCGCGUUUUUUAUAUGGGUAAAAGGCAAUAAGAGAAAUUGUAAAAAGAA